AUGGAUGCCGCAGGACGCGGCUACAUGCGCCCGGUGGAGGCUGUCGCCGCCACGCGCGAGCGCAGGCUGACUGGCCAGAAGGUCAUCGUGGUUCUCGAAGGCGCGUCCCUGGAGCUUGCCCAGGGCCGCGACAGAGGCCUGCAGCUCCUGAACAGCCUAGAGCAUCGCCAGCUGCUGCGCAAGUGCGGCCGCGAAUCCGAGGAAGUGCGCCCAGACAUCGUUCACCAUUGCUUGUUAGCACUCCAGGAGAGUCCGCUGAACCGAGCAGGGCGCCUUGGUGUGUUUGUCCGCACGGCCGACCGGCAGCUGAUUGAGAUCUCGCCGCUCUUGGCGGUGCCCGCCACCUACGGCGAGUUCGCGAAAAUGAUGAGUAAUCUGCUCUACACGCGGCGCCUGAAGGCUGUGGAGAAAAACGUCUCGCUCGCGCAGAUUGUGAGGAAUGAGCACGCAAACUUCCUCCCGCCAAACAGCUUCAAAGUUGCGCUGACCGUGUCGGGAAAGAGCGUGGCGCUGCGGGAGUACGCCCAGCAGUUCAAAGACGCAACGCAGCCGGUUGUCUUCGUCAUCGGCGCCGUCGCGCACUCUGAUCCGACGGACGAGUGUUCCUUCGUAGAUGACAAAAUCUCCAUCGCGCCUUUCGGUCUGACUGCUGCAGUCUGCUGCAGCAGUUUGUGCGCGGAGUUUGAAUGCCUGUGGGGAGUCUGCUGA